UUACGUUUAUACCAACGUUGACGAAAUAGUAUUUUCUGUUUAAUAACAUGGAAAUUAACGAAAUUACACAAAAUAUUUCCCUUCAACUAUGUACCGGUCCAUAUAAAGAUACAGCAAGACAGAACCUACAAUAUCUUCAAGAUGAGUGUAUUGUCUAUCUGUCGAUCGAAAAUGCAAUGGAAACGUACAUUCAAAGUAAAUUUAAUAAAAAUUCAGAAUUACUAAAGCAAUGUCGAAAUUACCUCAUUCGGAAGAUGUGCAUUUCGAAUGUCUGCCGGAUCCACGACUUUGCCUGCGACCAGAAUGACACAUUGAUACAGUAUUAUUGUUGGAAAGUGUUCGAAAGUGCUUCGACAAUUAUAUUCAACGGAAACGACUUUUUACAUUGUAGAAAGACAACUAUAGACAGGUACGUUUCUCGUCCCAUAUAUCCCGACUCUCUAACCGAAAUUCGGCUCUUUAAAGCAAUUUACAAUUGGGCUUUAGUCAAUAUCGUUUACGACGAAAGAAGUAACUUCUGUCUUCCACCGGAGGAAAUUCUUGCAGAACGUUGUCGACACGUAUUAGAACCGUUUAUUAAUAAAAUCAGAUUUCUUAGUAUGUCGAAAAUUGAAUUAGAAAGUGUAGUAUUUCCGUUAAACAUUCUUAAACACGAUGAAAUCUACGAUAUAUGUUUCUAUUUUUAUGACAUUUUACUAGUGUUUUUAUCAAAUAUAUCAACAAUAAGUAAUACUAGAUCGAAAAUAUUCUAUUCCGAGUUAUUUAGGUAUAAAAAUCGCGAAAGUUUGAGAGAAGAUCACGCCAGAACUUUCGACAAUAGAAAUCAUUUCGAGUGAAAAAUUUUUGUUAGUGAAGAUUGCUUCCUUUGUAGUCUUCGAUUGCCGAUCCAUUAUGAUGACAAUGAAAAUAGCUUUAUAAUCACCAAAUUUAAUGGUCUAAUUGGAAAUUCUCAAUUAUGUGUAGAAAUCGAAAAUUUGACAUGCAAUUCGUCUGGUGUCAUAACUCUGACUGAGCCGAUAUUUUUGGAAAAGGAUUCUGAAUCAUUAUUUAAAGUUUUUAUUUGUGGAAGUGAACGGUUUUAUGAACGUACAUUUUUACCGCAUUCUGCUGACAGCUUUGUCUAUGAUUUCUGUCCUUGCCACUCAUCUAAGACAACUGAUAUAAUUUAUAUGGAUGUUGAAUUAUACUUUUAAAUCUUAUUCUUGUGUUUACAUAAAACAUAAUUUUGAAAAAGUGACUACGAAUGUAAAAAGUAUUGUUAUGUAUGUUGUUUUGUUUUAUAGGUUAUUAAAUAAAAUAUUUUACACUUUAAAUAAAUUCUACAUAAGCUCCAUAUGUAGCGCAUAAAAUAUCCUGACAGCAUUCAAUUUCGUACCAUGUGUUACAGAACAUUUCAGCAAUUAUUCCUUCACCAAUUCGCUUCAAUGUUGUAAACCUUUGUUGUGUACAUCGUGUAUUUGACAAAUCUCCAAGUAAAAAAAUCUAGU